UUGUUUUCCCCUCCAUCCGUUUAGGAGUGGAAAAAGGUGCACCUUGGUGGCCUUCCUUAUUCAUGGGUGACCCACAUUUCCAACACCUUUUGUUGAAGAAACGCUCCCAAAAUGCAGGUAGCCCUAAAUAGAGAAAUCCUGCUCAAUUAGGCAUUUAGUAGACUUAAUGAGACGUGCAAACAACUCCUCACUCACCUCUGUUCCAUAAAACACCGAUCCAUUUAGCAGGAAUCCGGUUGAAGUUUCAGAUUUAAGGUUACCCUCUUUCCAUUGUCGCCAAAAGGUCGGAUAAACUUCUAAAAUGGAGCAGUGGCUCAAUCAGUUGCCUAUAACUCAAGAAGUUUAUGUAGCACUGGCUGUUUUGUUCUUCACUUCUGUUUUCUUCUUAUUAUUCCGUUUUUUUAGGCGCACAAAAUCUAACACCAUUGUUCUAGCUGGUUUAAGUGGAAGUGGAAAAACUGUGCUCUUUUACCAACUUCGAGAUGGCUCCUCGCACCAAGGUACUGUUACAUCAAUGGAACCAAAUGAGGGCAGUUUCGUGCUUCACUCAGAGACUUCAAAGAAGGGGAAGAUAAAGCCUGUGCAUGUAGUCGAUGUCCCAGGGCAUUCUCGCCUUAGGCCCAAACUGGAUGAAUACUUGUCCCAGGCAGCUGGACUAGUAUUCAUUGUUGAUGCUUUGGAUUUCUUGCCAAAUUGUCGAGCUGCUGCUGAGUACCUCUAUGAUAUUCUGACGAAGGUAAGUGUUGUCAAGAAGAGAAUCCCGGUUCUAAUUCUCUGCAACAAGACUGAUAAAGUGACAGCACACUCCAAGGAUUUCAUAAGGAAACAGCUUGAAAAAGAAAUAGACAAGCUUCGUACGUCAAGAAAUGCUGUUUCUGAAGCUGACAUCAGCAAUGAGUUUACACUUGGUGUUUCAGGGCAACCUUUCUUGUUUUCUCAGUGUGUCAACGAGGUCACUAUUGGGGAAGCAUCGGGCCUGACUGGUGAGAUUUCACAGCUUGAACAAUUCAUCAGGGAGCAUGUGAAAUCUUAACGAUCUAGGUUGCUAACAACUAGUGGUUUCAGGGUGUGGCGGUUUACUUUUGGCGACAAGUUGACAAGAUCUCCAAAAAAUGUUGCUGGGGAUUGCAACCGUUUGACUGUGUUUGCCCUUUGAAAGGGAUUUGUUCCCCCUGAAACUUUAUGUACUACCUUUACCAUGAAAAAUCUCUAUAAGAAAGAAAAUUUUAAAAUUUUAAUCAUGUGCCAAAGUUUAAACGAGUAGCAUUUUUGUAAUGUUUGAAAAUUGAAUUCAUAUAUUAUGAUGUAUAAUUUGAGCAUUCAACCUGCAUCUUUGAAAGCCCUUUGCAAAAUGGGUUCUCUAUACCACUGUAUUAAUCAGAUUGGCUACUGGCAGGUCAA